CCAGCCAGCUGCAGCGCUGUUGCUUUAAGAGCGGAUCCUCACGUCCCCCUCCCGCCCCGGGCCGCCGGAAGGGGGAUGUGAUGCAGAAAAGAAAAGGGAAAGAAAAGAAAAGAACAAAACUCCCCGGGGAAGUUUGGGACGCGGCGCCGGGACCCCAACUUCGCGCUGCGGGACGCGCUCCAAGGGUGGCCCAGCAGACUCUGAGUCUGCCCUUGGCUCUCUCCCAAACUACCAGCCUACAGAGACCCAGGGACCUAGAAAUGUAGAUGGCAGCUGCUGGCUGUGAAGGACUCACGCCCGACUGACCCGGUGCAGCGCCUCCCACUGCCCACCAUGAUCCUCUGCAUGCUGCUGCUGGCUGCCCUGCCUGAGCCAUCCAGUGCCGAAGUCAACCCCGCAAUAUGCCGAUACCCUUUGGGGAUGCAUGAAGGGACCAUCCGAGAUGAAGACAUUACGGCCUCCAGUCAGUGGUAUGACUCCACAGGACCCCAGUAUGCACGGUUGCAGAGAGAAGAAGGGGAUGGCGCGUGGUGCCCAGCAGGCCUGUUGCAGCCAGAAGAUGUGCAGUUCCUCCAAAUCGAUCUGCACAAGCUCUUUUUCAUCACGCUGAUCGGGACGCAGGGACGGCAUGCCCGUGCCACAGGCAAAGAGUUCGCCCGUGCCUACCGCAUCGAUUACAGCCGCAAUGGGGAACGCUGGAUCUCCUGGAAAGAUCGGCAGGGCAGGCAGGUGAUUCAAGGCAACAUUGAUACAUAUGAUGUGGUCCUGAAAGAUCUUCGGCCCCCAAUCAUUGCCCGUUAUAUCCGGGUGAUCCCUGUAACGGAGCUGCCCAUGACUGUCUGCAUGAGGGUGGAACUCUAUGGCUGCAUCUGGUUUGAUGGUUUGGCGUCCUACAGCAUCCCUGAGGGAGGGACGAUAGCAGCCCCUGGCUUUCCCAUCAUUUACCUGAAUGACUCAACCUACGAUGGCUUCCAGGAGCGCAGGCAUUUGUAUGGAGGUCUGGGCCAGCUAACAGAUGGCGUACUGGGACUGGACGAUUUCACACAGAGUCACCAGUACCGUGUGUGGCCAGGGUAUGACUAUGUCGGCUGGAAGAAUGAGAGCUUCAGCACAGGUUCUGUCGAAAUGGAGUUUCAGUUUGACCGGCAGAGGAACUUCACCUCUAUGAAGGUGCAUUGCAACAAUAUGUUUUCCAAGGGGGUGAAGAUCUUCCAGAAGGUGGAAUGUCUGUUCAAACCACGGCUGAUUGCAGAGUGGGAGUCUGAGCCUGUUGGAGUUUCCACCAUCUUGGAUGACAAAAACCCCAGUGCGAGGUUUGUGACCAUCCCCCUGAAUCAGCGGGUGGGCAAAGCCGUCCUUUGCCGUUUCUACUUCGCUGACACCUGGAUGAUGAUCAGUGAGAUUUCCUUCCAGUCUGACAUGGAGAAUGUAAAUCCUACUGUGGUUACUCUAGCCACAAGCACAGCAGAGCUGCUGGAUACAGAGACCAACGCUACUAAGGCGGCAUGGGAAACCACUUCUUUUAUAACCAGCACCUGGAUAGAGGAGAAAGCAGAUGACUCCAAUACUUCCAUCCUGGUUGGCUGCCUUGUGGCUAUUAUACUCCUGCUCCUGAUCAUUAUAAUCAUCAUUCUGUGGAAGCAGUAUGUCCAGAAGAGACUGGAGAAGGCCCCCCGGCGAAUCCUGGAGGAGGACGCCAUGGUUCGUCUCUCCUUCUACAGCUACACCAUCGUCAGCAACCAGAACCAGAUCCACCAGUCUAAUCCCACCUACGAACGGGUCUUCCCACUGGACCUGGAAUAUCACCAGCCUGCUACACUGCUUCAGAAGCUACCAGAACUCUCCCAAAGCGCCGAGGAUUCAGCGUGCAGCGGUGACUACGCUGAGCCCGACCUCACCAAGUCCACGCCACACCAGGGCUUCCAGAACAACGUGCCUCACUACGCCGAGACCGACAUUGUCAGCCUUCAGGGCGUGACGGGCAAUAACAUGUACGCCGUGCCCGCCCUCACUGUUGAUUCGCUCACCAAGAAGGAUAUCUCCGUGGGCGAGUUCCCACGGCAGCAGCUGCGACUCAAGGAGAAGCUGGGAGAAGGGCAGUUCGGAGAGGUACACCUGUGUGAAGCAGAUGGCCUGUUGGAAUUUUUGGGACUCUCAUCUAUGGAACUCACCAACCAACCGGUUCUAGUGGCAGUGAAAAUGCUAAGAUCCAAUGUCAACAAAACAGCCAGAAAUGAUUUCCUAAAGGAGAUCAAGAUCAUGUCCCGUCUGAAGGAUCCAAAUAUCAUCCGACUGCUGGGGGUGUGUGUGCGUGAUGACCCUCUGUGCAUGAUAACAGAGUAUAUGGAGAACGGAGACCUCAACCAGUUCCUGUCACAGCGGGAGAUCUGCAGUAAAUUCGCCAUUUCAAACAACAUUCCAUGCGUCAGCUAUUCCAACCUACUGUUCAUGGCCACCCAGAUCGCCUCUGGAAUGAAGUAUUUAGCCUCCCUGAACUUCGUGCACAGAGACCUGGCGACCCGCAACUGUCUGGUUGGGAACAGCUACACCAUCAAGAUCGCAGAUUUUGGAAUGAGCAGGAAUCUGUACAGCGGGGAUUAUUACCGUAUCCAGGGCAGAGCUGUGCUGCCAAUACGCUGGAUGGCCUGGGAAAGUAUCCUCCUGGGCAAGUUCACCACAGCCAGCGAUGUCUGGGCGUUUGGGGUAACACUCUGGGAGAUGUUCACACUGUGCAAGGAACAGCCCUACAGCCUCCUCUCGGACGAGCAGGUCAUUGAGAACACGGGGGAGUUCUUCCGGAGCCAGGGCAGGCAGAUCUAUCUGUCCCAAACACCUCUGUGUCCAAACUCUGUGUUUGACUUGAUGUUAAAGUGUUGGAGCCGAGAUAUAAAGGAUCGUCCCACUUUUGAUAUGAUUCACUACUUUCUGGUAGAACAAAUGGACUGUAACAUUUGACCUGAGUGGAAAAGAGACAAAUUGCUGAGAACAGGAUGACUUCGGUGGUGUCUCUUUUUGCCUAUCUCUCCCAAACAGAUGGGCAGGCAGUCCUCACUACACUCCCUUAGACUGUAAUUUCUUUUAAAUUGAGAUGUCCAUGGCAGCUGCUUGUUUUAUUGGCCAUGGUCUGACAUACGUGACCAGAGGAAACCUAUCUUAUUGGUAGAAGAAUCAUCUCCUGUUCUGCAUCAUUUCCUGGGAAUACUGUGAGGGGGGUUUCUUUGGCACCCCACGGCUACAGACACCUGUGGACAAAAAAACUGGAGAAGACUUUACAAGGGACUCCCAGCUCUCCCCAAAGAGACAAGAAGAGAAAGCUAACAGCUCAGGAGCUAGGAUUGGAACAAAGGAUGUGGAGAAAUAAAGGCUCCAGUCUUCCAAAGAUAUAGAAGCUCUGUGCACGUUAGCAAGCAAUUCAGUAUGUCCUUGCUAAAGGAAAUAUAUAUAAUGUAACUAACUAUAAAUGAAUGGAAUAGGCAGUGGUUAAGGGGACUUGAGAACCAGACUGAGUUAGAUUUAGCAACCCCUUGGAGGUAAUAUGAUCAGGGACUGCAGAUGAUGUGGAUAGAGGAAUCCAAGUCCAUGUCCAUUUAUUCCUGUGGUUGUUCAGCACUGCUUUUGUUAUAUGUGUGCCUUUUUCCCACACUGGAUUUUUAUCUUAAAAAAUGAAUGUCAAAGGUCAUAGGAAGGUUGCUGUAGUACAGGAUCUUUCUUUGACCUACAAAUAAAGGUUGGGGUAGAGGUUUGUAUUGGAAAAUAGCUGAUACUGUACUACUGUCUCUAUGUAGAUAUAUUAUCCUUAUGAACUUGUAGCCAGAAUGGACUGAUGUGCAAUGAAUCCUGUAUAAAUACCCAUUAAUAUGAGCUGUCUAGGUCAAUGCUGUUAUGUGGUGGGAGGGAACUCACAUUUGGUGAGACUGCGUGGGUGAAAAUAGAAUGGCUGCGUCAUUUGUCAGAGCUCUGUGCAUGCCUGAGCACAAGGGAGAGAGCACCUACCACUCCAGCAUCUGCCCAUCUGUACUGGGUGACUUCUCGCCAACUUGUCGGACAUUCCUGCUGUGGCGGGGCCAGUUCUACCAUACAGGCAAACGUGCUGCCUGCCUGGCCCUGUCAGGAGGUUUCCUUCUGGCAAGGAGGGACUGACACACCAGAUGAGAAUGUUAUUGCUAAUCGUGCUGGGCUUGCUUUUCACACCCUAUGCCUCCUACUUAAAAAAUAUCUAGUCAUUGAACUGCGAGUAAUUUCUUAUUUUGAUUAUGCCACGGAAUGCUCUUUCCCAAGGUUUUAUGGAAGGCAGAGAAUUCAGAGCCUAUGCCACAGCCUACUUUCUCCAUUGCUGAUUUAUCAGGUGUCUGGGUGGACAUCGCACAGUACCCUUAUUAAUCACAUAACAAAGUGCUUUAGGACCAAAUGAAAAAUCUCCUAAAAUGGAGAAGCUGAAAAUUUAGCAUUUCCUUCUCCAGGCUUUUUAAACUCUUGUAACACAACUAAUUCAGAGCAAGAAUUAGUCUUAACCUUUCCUGAGUCACAAGCAUAUUCUGUCCACUGCCAGAGCAUGGGCUGAUGUGAAGAGCUCUGUGUGUAUUGAGGGGGAGACCAUUAGGGAGAAAGAAAGUGCAUUUAGCUACAAUAAGAGAAUAAUUAGGAAUGUGUGUGUGCAAGAAGAAAAUCCUAGUGCACAACUGGCUCGAAACUGUCCUGUGAUGCAUCAGUAAAUUUCUGCUGUUUGCUUCCUCAGAGAUCAACUAUACUGAAGUCUUUAACAGUGUUAACCAGUUAGAUCUCAUAUGCAAAUGACUGUAUCCUGAUUGGCACUUCAGAAGCUAACCAUUUUUCUUGCUUCAGCCAAUCAGUUCAGUUAUGCAAUUAUAUGCUUCCUGAUUGGCUAAUAAGAAGCAAAUAAUAGUUUGAUUCUAGCUCUCUGCCAUCAUCUUCGCAGCCAUAGGAGAGAGCUGCAGAUACUUCUGAUUGAAAACGUUUGGAAGAUGUAAACAUACGUAAACUGACUUCCUGUGUUCGUUAAUGUCUGGAUUUAGUUUCCCUCAAUUUAAAUAUUGAUUCAUACAACAUUUGUCUCUCAUAUCA